GGAAGUAAGAAAGCAGAAAGGGAUCGAGAGAGACACAUGUUACACAUUAUUUAGUUAAUAACACCACAUUACCUAGUAAGUAACAUUAGAAACGGAACAUAAAGGUAACCACAAAGUAGCCACAGAGGGCAUCAGAUAUGUACUUUUUUGCUAACUUUCACGUAAAUAGAGGCUAGCGAGUAGCUAACAUUACUGUAACUGUCACAGCACUCAGCAGACAUGUCUAGUAAAAUAUUCCUCUUUUCAUGGCAGUCAUUUAUCUCUAUUAACUUAAAUUAACGUAUGUAAUAGUGUCAUGAGUAACGUCACAGACACAUCAUGCAGACAGAAAACCUCGGACCAGUAUUGGACUAGAAGGAAACUGUUAGCUAGUAAUGGAGAGAAACAGCGAAGAAGGGGCAGCUACUGACGAAGAGGAUGGAGACCAGACAGCCGGUUGCAUUGUGAAACCAGGCAGGACGGAGGAUGGAGAGGUGGAAGUGACACCUGCCUGUAACCCAUCCACAGGUGGAGUACCUGACCCUUCUUCGGAAAUGUUGGCUCUGAGGCUCUGCAGAGAACUUGUGCACCAGGAUCAGGAGAAAUCAGAGACUGGAGCAACAAGUGGCGUGACGUCUGGAAGUCAAGCAGAAGUUGUUGAGCCAGAGAGGGAUGCUCCCUCUGUGUCUCCCUCCAGCCUCGUGGACACCUGUGACCCCUCUCUAUCAAGCCUCUCCUCCUCUUACUUCUCCUCCCGUCAUCAUCAUGCCGAUUUUUCUCCAUCAUCAUCUUCCUCUUCCUCUGUCUUGUCUCUGACUCCACCCCUGCCUCCCUCUGUGGAGCUCCCAGCUGUGUUGACUGAUACAAGGCUGACCCUGGAUGUGUACCAGGGAGGAGCAGCUGCACUGCCUCUGCUUUGGGGGUCCAUCCCAGGGCAGCUGAGGGGCCUCCAGUACCUGAGACUGGGCUCUGAGGAUAAACCAGCCUUGGAUGGUGCACUGGAUGUCUUACCCCAUCUGACAGAGCUGUGUUCACUGGCUGUUCGGGGACACUGUUUUUAUGACUCACAAGGUGACCCGCUGCCUGGCCUCCUCACCACGUUGCCCACAUCUGUUUCAUCCCUUUCUCAUCUGGUGCACCUGGAUCUCUCCUUCAACCAGCUCUCCUGUCUGCCAUCCUGCCUUCUCAGUUUACCCGCGCUUUCCAUUUUGCUCCUCUGUCACAAUCACCUCUCUGCUUUGCCUCCUGACAUCGGCCAGCUGUCCUCCCUCACCUACCUCUCCCUCCUGGGGAACGAGCUGGUCUCUCUUCCCCCGAGUGUAGGUCAGCUGGAAGCACUACAGACGCUGGAUAUUUCACAUAACCUCCUUCAGCAGCUGCCAGAGAGCAUGGGCUCCCUCCUCGCUCUCAGGGAGCUUGUCAUCUCCAGCAAUGACCUCCGCCUGAUCCCACAUUGUCUGAGCUUACUGUCUCUGCUGAAAAUAGAUGUGCGUGACAAUCCUUUGGGACGACCACCAACCCCUCCUCCUCUCCCUCCUACACCUGAUCAUGCAGAAACAAAAAUUCAAGAGUUGCACCUCGGAUUUAAUCAGCACAGUUUCUGUGUUUCGUCUGCUGGGUGUCAUGCGUUUCUCCCAGGGGGGGCUGAGCUGCUGUUCCCCCCCGGGUGCCUGGUGACAACCACAAGACUGAAGUGGGUUGAGAAAAGGCCAGAAAGGAAGUGGGUGUGGCUGGAGGAGCAUGACAUCUUGCUGAGUCGUCCACUGGAACUUCGUCCUCAUGGAAUUACUUUUCUAAAGCCUGUGGAGGUGUGUGUGCCAUACCAUCGGACAAAAAGAAGGCAGGUGGUGGUGCAGAGGUUUGACGGACAGUCAUGGAGCACUCUGCCCACUUUUCUGCGGAGAGGAAGCGAGAGACAUAGCAGCCACCCUGGUGGAAGUCUAGCCAGGCUGGCCUGCUGCUCAGUGAGCCAGUUCUCCUGGUUUAUGGCAGUGUCCCGUCCAGUAAAGGACAGUUGCUCUGUUACACCAGCCGGAGCCCUGCUGGUAUCCAGCGCUGACCCUGGAGUUAAGCUCCACUUCCCUCCAGACUCCACCGUGCAGACCCGCACUAUAACCUUACAGGUGCUGCAGGUGUCUGUGUCGGAGGUACAGGCACUGUGUGGAGAUCCUCAGGCCACAGUUAGCCCUCUCAUCUGCCUCUCCCAGACUCCCAGCCAACAUUUCCUGCAGCCUAUCAAAGUUCAGGUCCCUCUGCCAUCUGGAAUCACAGGCCAUACAGUCGAUACCUCUUGUUUGCAUCUGCUACACGGAGACCCCGCUGCCCAAACCUGGACAGACAUUACAUCGCAAGUGUCUCUCGAUGUCACGCAUAUGUAUGCCAUUUUCUACAUCACGCAUUUCUCCUGGUACUGGCUCUGGUACACGACCUCGCGCUGUGUUGGUGGCGUGGUCAGGAAGGUCUAUCAAAGGCUAAAACAGUUUAAAGUCCAGUUCCUCGUGCUCCAGAGGAAGACUGAUCCGUCACAAGUUAUGCUGCAGUGUUUACCUGCGAGCAAGGUGGACGGCAGAGUUGAGUCUUUGUCGGCGCAAUAUGAAGGACCUCAGCCCUCAGACCUGUGUGACCUGCUGGAAGGAGAGCAGUUCUUCGCCGGCUUUGAGAGGGGCUUAGAUAUCAGCACAGAGAGACCUGACUGUGUGGCAGGAAGACUGUGUUUUGUGUUUUACUCCAGCCUGAAGAAUCUGAAGGAAGUGUACAUCUGUCCAGCUCAGGGUCAGAAGGGGCCAGUGAGGGGACAAGUGUCUUUUUAUAGAGGGGAGAUUCCCAGCAAUCUGCCAGAGGAAGUGGCGAGAAAGAGGAAAGGACCCGACAGCCAGUGGCUUUCAACUUUACCACUAAGACUUCCUGCUCUAAACUCAGAAAAUAAUUUCAUCAUGGAAGAGCUCAAGUAUCCUCCUCUGAACCUGGGUGACCCUGAGAGCGGCUACCUGACGGAGGCCAACCUGCUGUCCAUUUCUCUUCAGAUCGGGCAGGACUGGCGUGUUAUCGGCAUCAAUCUUGGCUUAAGCUACCAGGAGUUGGACCGUAUCCAGUACAAGUACAGGGACAACUUGGGAGCCUUGGUGCUGGACAUGCUGUUCCACUGGGCCCGGGGACAGAGGAAUGCAGGACCAGGAGCAGCGUCCAGGCUGGUGGCCGCUAUGAUCGAGAGCGGCAGGAGAGACCUGGCAGAUGAGAUUGAGGACAUUGUCAGUAUAGGAAGGAGAAAGUACUCGGAGUCACUGAGGAGAGUGGGCUUGGAAACUGAAAGCUCCUCCCUCUGUGAAGCACAGCAGUAGAUGAACCCACGCUGGGUGCAGAUGGCUGACGUUCACUUGAGUAACCUGUUUGUUUACAAUAUGCCCCCUUCAUCUCAUCCUGCUGUCUAAACAACUGUCCUGGAGUACAAAAGAUCCAUCUUAACACAAUCAUGAUAGCCAGUUAACAGCUGGCAGCACCUUACAGAAGGACCUCUAGAAGACAGGGGAAAUGGAUGGACUGCAUGAAGAUGAUGGCCUGAGGCUUGUUUUGUCUCGGUAUGCAAGACAACACUAUGAAAACCCAUUUCUUCCAGAAAUAGUUAUAUAAGUUGGAAACACUUAUGUUAAAUCAAAAUAAUGAGAUACUAAGUCACUAUUUAUGACUUAAUAUCUAAUAUGAUUUACUUAGUAUGUCAUCAUUUUGACUUGCUACCUCGUAAUUGUGGAUACUUACAAAAACUCAUUUUGACUGAGUAUCUUAUAAUUGUGACUUGGUAAAUCAAAACGUUGUCUUUUUUUUUACUUGUGUAGUCAGAUUUCUUGUUACUCAGUAUCUUGUUAUUUUGACUUCUAACAAGUAUUUUAAAUCCAGUUUAAAUAUAUUUAUUUUUGUUAUUUUCUUUAGUUUCUUGUCAGAAAGGUCACACUUGUUAUGGACAUAUUUAAGAGGCAGAGCGAACACUGGGAGCUGUUGGACUAUGGAGUUCUGGACUACCGACUGGAAAUGCAAGAGGCGGCCAUUUUCAUGUUCAUUACAUUUCUUCCUCGUGUGCCUUUGGUCACCUAGAAACCAGUUUAGCUGCAGCACAUAUCAGUGACAUAUCAGGACAUUGAAUGUUUUUAAUGUAUCUAUGAAUUUAAACUAUUUUCAUCUCCAGUAAAACUGUUAUGUGUCA